UACUGAAUGACACCCAUCACCACUCAUAAGCUCCUCCUUCUCCCCCUCUCAGUCUUUUUAAACCGGCCGUGGAAACACAAAACACAACGUGCUGCGGUCACCGUGAGGACGGACACUGACGGACACAACAAAGAACAUACACGCAUUCACACAGACACACACCACAUCGCGCGACACACACACACACACACAUCCAGAGUAAGUGUUUCCUCUCGAUGCAUGCAAAAGCCAGUCCUCCUAUCUCAUCAGACAAAUGCUGACCCCAGAAAACAACAACAACAUUAUAAACAACAACAAUAAUAACAACGGAGGACCUAGAAGCAGCAGCAGCCCCAGCAGCAGCAGAAAGAAAAGAACCUUGAGGGGAACCAGCAGAGGAACCCCACCGUAGUCCACUUUUGUCCCCAGGACUGCAGGUCCGAGAUGGGCUGCUCCUCAGGACGACAGCCCCCUGCCUCGGUGCUUCACCCAGACCUUGACUGUGGCGGCAGCCUGCCCCCAGAGUCCCCCAAUGGGGGGGGGCUGGUCUUACCCCCAGAGUCUCUCUCCACACUGGAGCACCUAGCCCAGGCCACCGGCGGCACGGAGAAGUCCUGGUACCGCUGUGUGUUCCCAUUUGGUGUGAUCUCCCUGGUGAUCGGGGUGGCCGGGACAGGCGUCACCUUCAUGUACAACACCCCGGACCUCCACCAGACCAAGGUGGUGUCCAUGGUGCUGCUGGUGAUGGGACUGCUCAUGCUCACGACGGCCGCCAUCUGCUGGAGGGUCCACCGGCUGAAGAGGAGGAAGAAGAAGGAGGGAGGAUUCUUCUGCUCCGAACAGGGAACUUUGUGAGAUCCGGAGAAAUGAUUUGAGUGGCGGAGGAAUGCAGGGACGGAUGGUUACAGAGACACACGUGGACGAGUCUGCAAACGCGACCGCCGAUCAACCUGGCACACGUUUCACGCAGCGUGCCACAAGAGCUCACAGGGUCGGAGUGGCGCUGGAAAGGUUCCUCUUCCUCUGACUUGGUUGUCUUGCCUCCUCAGAGGGGUCAGCUCACGGGUUCUCAGUGGACCCUGCUAAACUUUGGAUGACCCACCCGAGGUGGCUCGAUUCCCAGACUUUGGAUGAGUACCAAAUGGCGCCCCCUAACCUUUAAGUUGUCUGCCUCCCUAUUUCCUACGUUGUGGAUUGAGGUCUGGGGAAUAUAGGGUUCCAUUUUGGAAGCAGCCGUUGUGCUCACUCUUUUCAUUCAAAGUCAUUAAUCUCUGCUUUUCACAUCGGAAAGCUUAGCAGUGUUUCUAGAGAAGAGGACACCACCGGACGUGCCUGCGAAUGAGCUGAGAUGUUUACUUUUCAUCAAUGUUCUUGUUACUGUGCUAGUUAUACAUUUAUUUAUUUGAGUGUUUGUGUGUGCGCGUGCGUGUGUGUGUGUGUGUGUGUACAAAUAUGCACUUUGAACUGGUAUGAAUUAACAACUGGUUUGACAUAAUGACAUCACCAUGCAACAAGACAUCUUUAACUUUGUCUUCUUUGAAAUGCUCUUUGCAUUUGAUAUGACAUUCAUGUUUGCUGCACCCGGACAUACUGAGGUUUAUUGACUUUCAAGUAAUUCAGACGACAUUCCUAUCAUAGAACAUAUCACUGGCUGACCUUGGUCAAAUGCAACAUGUUGAUUUAGUUUAGCCUGGCGCAAUUUAACCAAUGUAAUUGUCCAAAAGUAUAAAAGUAUAACAAGUACUCCUUCAAUACUUGACCGUUUGUUUUUCCUGUGUUUGAUUCUUCUAUGUACAAUUGUGUCUUAGCACGUAUAUUGCCACGUUUUGCAAUGAAUGUAGCACUUUCGAUGACUAUCAAUAUGUAUUCAUGUCUAUAUAUAUAUACGUUUAUAAAAAUGUCUAUAUAGAUAUAUACGUUUAUUUAAAAAAAAAAAGUUAACUAGAACAACGUUUUAUUUUUCACUGUAAUGAAUAAGAAAGAUAUAUUCCAUAAGAAUUCUGUUGAAUAGAUUCAUCAAGCGACCCAAAAUGGCUCCCCUUUUCCCUACAGAGUGCCCGGCCCAAUUGGUACUUUCCCGACGGAAAUGCAGUCAGCUGUGUAUUAGGAUGUGAUUUGCAACUAUAUCUCAUGUUCGACAGUAGUGGUUCAAACCUCUCCAGGGAACCGUCAGCAGCUACAUGUGUUAGAUAUAUAUUUCAGAGCUAGCCCGUCCGAACCCUUUCAUCAGCGAACCACCAGGCCCUUGUCUGCUUCAUACAGGUUAGCUGGGGCUUCAGUUCUCAGAUGUUUGGAGGUUCCUCUGAGAGGUUUGAGAACCGCUGUUCUACAGUGUAGACAAGUUGUGUGCAGCUAGCUGUCAGUCAGUCGAACCUUGCAUCUGCAGGCCCGGCUUUUUAUUCAGUGCCUUUCUUUCAAAAUCAAUAUAUCGCUGUAAUGGAUUCACUUAAGAUGCUCGAUUGUCUUACCACUUAGUUGCCACAUUUUGCAAUUAAGGUAGCUUUUUCAAUGACUGUAUAUUAAUGUCGAUAUCUAUAUAUAUAUAUAUGACGAUUUACAGUAUUUGUAGAUUAUAGGGAAGUGUGUACAGUACUGUAUUAGAGCAUAUUUAUUUUGUGCCUGUCCACACAAGCAGUCCAGUCUGUGAUACUGUACCGGUUUUAGAGCAGCUGAAGAAAAGUAGAUGUCUGCUUUUAGAUGUGUGUGUGUGUAUUUAUAUAUAUAUUGGGUGUGCAUGUGUGUAUGCAGUAUCCCUUAUGAAAGGGGGAAAUGUAUGGGCUAUGUAACGAGUGCAUCAUGACACACUUCAGAUCAAACAGCAUCAGUCCCUUUGAAGGAAAAAUAAUUAGGAUGGAUGGUUUAGGAAUACCUGAGAUUAGGAAUACACUGAUUUCAGAUCAGUCCCAAUGACAUGCUGUUUUCCACUUCAGAGUUGUGCCUAAUGUUAAAUAUGUUAUGUGUGUGUGAUUGUGCAUUGCUCCAAAAUGUCCACAUGAAUUGUAUAUCUUUGUAUCUGUACUGUUAAUAUGGUUGACAAAUUCUGUAUUAAAUGCAAGAUUUUAAUGUGA